AUGGGCGGGAUGGAGAAGACCACUCUGGCUAAGUCUGUCUACAAUAAUCCAAAAAUCCAGCAACACUUUGAUGUUAAAGUGUGGGUAUGUGUGUCGGUUAAGGUUGAUAUCAAGACACUUCUAGCAAAGAUCUAUGAAAUUCUUGCAGGACAGGCACCUAAGUCUGCUGAAAUGGGCAAUUUAAUUAGCUCUCUUGAAGAAAAGUUGGGAUCAAAAAGAUAUUUGCUAGUUCUGGAUGAUGUUUGGGACGAGGAGAGAUCACAUUGGGAAGAAUUUAAGAGUCAUAUGAUGAUGAUAAAGUCAGAAAUUGGAAGUGGCGUUCUUGUCACAACCCGAAAACUUGACAUUGGAACUAAGGCUAUGAAAAUCGAUUCGUGUCUUUUGAAUAGUCUUUCUGAUGAUCAUUGUUGGUACAUCUUUAAAGAGAGGUCUUUUCUAGCGGGACAUUCACCACAACCUGAAUUGGAGGAGAUAGGACGUGAUAUUGUGAAAAAAUGUCGUGGUUUGCCUUUGCUCGUAAAGGUAAUAAGAGGCGUAUUGCAGAAUUACAGUGACCCAGAGAAGUGGUUGGCCUUCAAAAAUAGUGACAUUUGGGAUCUAGAAGAUGAAAGGGAGAGAGUUCAAAAGAAUUUGGAACUGAGCAUAGAUAAUCUGCCUAGACUAUCUAUCUCCAAGCAAUGUUUUGCAUACUGUUCCAUCUUUGAGAAAGAUACACUCAUGGAAAGGGAAGAACUGAUCCAACUUUGGAUGGCUUUAGGGUUGGUUCAAGCAGAUGAUACAUGA